UGAUCACUUGGUCGUGUCGGCUGCUUCGGGAAGAUUCGGCGGCAACGCAACCAAUCACGAUCACCUAUAUAGUUUGCGAUCAGUGCAGUUGAUAAAUGGAGGAUUUGUGUUUGUCAAGGUAGUUUUGUUUACGCGUAAAUUUUCAUUCGGCAUCAACACAUCGUGCGUUUUGUGUGUGCUAAGAGGUAGAUGAAGGUGCGUAACUGUUUUCUUCGGGUUUCGUAUUAAAUUCCAAAGGAUUUAAGAUGUCUCGCAACCAUAAAGACAAAUAUGAAAAUUCUAACCCACGUCGUACACAUACUUUUAUGUCUACGGAGGAUGCAAACUCUGGAAAGAAAUCUUAUUGGCCAGAGUUGGAGAUAACAGGCAGUAUAAGAAAUUUAAGCCCAAAUUUGUGGCAGUUGACCCACCUAACAGCUUUGUAUCUCAAUGAUAAUAGUUUACAAAGGAUACCAUCUGAGAUUGGACGUUUAGUCAACCUACGUGCUUUAGAUCUCAGUAGCAAUAAAUUACGGAGUUUACCAGCUGAACUGGGGGACCUCAUCUACCUCAGAGAAUUGUUGUUAAACCAAAAUUACCUCCGAGUGUUACCAUAUGAACUAGGAAAACUGUUCCAAUUACAAGUGCUUGGACUUCAGGGCAAUCCGCUCAGCAAGGAAAUAAUGGCAUUAUAUGGAGAACCAUCUGGGACUCACAAGCUGCUAUCGUACAUGCUGGACAAUUUACAAGAUCACGAAAUUGCAAUUCGAGAGAGACUCUGGAAUGAUCAAAUCCCUGGGGGUGUACAUUUUCAAGGGUGAACAUUUUGCUUCCGAUCAUCUUCCGUCAUUUCGUUCUAGCCACGUACGUAGGUUUCAAGCGCGUUUCGAAGCUUUUAUAUUUCGGAAAAAUAUUUCGCAAUCAGAAGCGUCUUUGUGCGCAAGGGUUUGCGGCCGUGCGUGCAACUUGCUAAAAUUAUAGGACAUCGGAACGUGCGACGCAACAUAGUAAUUAACACGUUU